AUGUCCGACGCUACGACCAACGACAAGUCGGUCACGGACCUCAAGUUCAACGGGCGAAAGGUCAUGUCCACCGCCUUGAAGGCCCGCAUCAUCGCGCACCUCAACUCCAAGUCGACGGAAGACGACUACAAGCGUAUUAUGGACGACAAGAAGCCGCUCAACUUGGCUCACUCUGAUUGGCUGGAAUUUAAGCCAAUCAUCAAGGACAUCGAUGUCGCCGCCGACAUGCCGCCUUCCGCGACGGCAGCAAGCCUGGAGGCUGAGAAGAUCAAGCGCUUCUAUUACAUAGAGCAUGCAGGAGAGCCUGAUCAGAAGCUUAUUUGGUAA